CACCAGUUCGAUUCUAGACCCAGUGCGUGAGAGCCACAGGUACUUAGUGACACCGAGAGUAGAAGAUAUCCUUAGUCCCAUCACAAUGAAGCCUUCUUACGUGGCAAUACUUUUAGCGCUGCUCGCAUGUACGGUUGACGGAACUCUCCUGGACGGUUUGGAACAUCACGGCCACCACGGAGACCAUCAUGGAGAUCACCACGGAGAUCAUGCCCAUGGGGAGCAGGCGCACGGGGACCACGGUCAUGGAGAGCACAGCGACGGAGACCACGCCCAUGGAGACCACGCCCACGGAGACCACGCCCAUGGAGACCACGUUCACGAAGAACACGCCCAUGGAGAUGAGCACAGUCAUCAUCACGACAACGCUAUUCCGAAUCAGGAUAACUUUGCUGCUGCCUUGGAAUCCGAACUGGGUGGAGGAUUCCUCAACAGCCUCCCAACUACCCUUGCCCCUGCUCGUGCUGACGCCCCUGCUGAGACAUUCGUAGCCCCAGGUCCAGUAGCCCCUGUCGAAACCUUCUCAGCCCCUGCAGCCCCAACCACGACGGAAUUCAUCGAGAACUUCGUGACGCCGACUCCAGCUGCUGUUGAAACAUUUGCCGUAACUGCUGAAGAGGAACAGCAGCAGCAGGUGCAGCAACAGCAGGUGCAGCAACAGCAGUGGCAGCAGCAGCAGCAGCAGCAGCAACAGCAGCAGCAGCAACAACAGCAGCAGCAACAACAGCAGCAACAACAACAGCAGCAGCCACUACAACGGCUGCAACAGACAUCCCAAGAGCAGUCCAUUCAGUUCGCAGAAAAAGAACAGACCACCGAACGCCCAUCCUCUGGCGAUGCAAAGCAGUUGGCAAAUGUUGGUUCAGGUGGAAGAGGCACUGGUGAAUACCCUGAAUACGCAGCUGUGCCCAGGACCUCGUUCUCUUGUGGUGCCCAAGCUACAGGGGGUUACUUCGCUGAUCCCGAGGCAGAGUGCCAGGUCUUCCACAUCUGCCUGAACGGGCAGAACAUGGGCUCGUUCCUGUGCCCCAACGGAACGCUCUUCCAUCAGCAGUACUUCGUGUGUGACUGGUGGUUCAACGUGGACUGCGGAGUAGCGGAGCAGAGCUACGACCUCAAUGCCAGAAUCGGCGUUGUACCGGAGUCCCAAUAAAAACAAAAUGUGUACAGGUGAUGCCGAAAUGACGCAUAUCGUUCAUCAAGAAAAUGUGGAGGCUCUAAGAUGUUCCUCCGCGUGUUCCUUCUCCUCCUCAGCCACCGAAAUGAUGCAAUAUUGUCCUGCUGAGGUGUAACGUUGUCUCUCAAGGCUUUCGACACUCAUCCUGUUUUUCGUGAAUGCCUCUUUUUGGAUACCGGCUUUCCAUACUCAUCCUGUUUUUCGUGAAUGCCUCUUUUUGGAUACCGGCUUUCCAUACUCAUCCUGUUUUUCGUGAAUGCCUCUUUCGGGAUAUCAUCCUUCCUCAAUUAUUCCCAAAGAAGAAUAACUAAAAGACUACAAUCGUAAGCCCAGAGUGAGAGGUUGGGUUACUCCUCAGCAGCUCCGAGUUCCCUCCAACUACGGAGAAGGAGGAGUGAUGGAGCGGAUUCUCCCUCCCAUUAUGGCCUCCUCUCCAUCCCUGAUUCUCAUCGCUUUGACUUGACAAAGCGGCAAAAUGUAAUACACGUUUAUUUUUGUAUUUGCUUCAACUACUCAGGCUGCUUGACUUGAAACUGAACGUUCUCAGUUUUGCAAAGUGUGAAAAAUACGGCCUUGGCUAAUUACUUGGGAAUUACUUUUGCCUAUCUUUUUUUUUAGUUCUGCUCUAAACUUUUGAAUAACGUGACUCUAAUCUUUAAUUUUAAUACACUCUCAAGUCAGGCAGUCAGGAAACUGCGAAUUAUUUACUCGAUCAUUUAUUUAAGAAUAACCACACAAAGGUUAUGCAUCUGCAAGGAGAAUUACGUAAAGCCAUAGUAAAGUCAGAAAUGGCAAAGGAAAUAUUUCGAUUACUUACGAAAUAAGUGACUAUGUGAAUAAUCAUAUUUCCUCGAGAAUAAUUUCACUCCCAUUAGCAAAGAAAGUUAUGAUCACGGAUAAACUUACAUAAGUCUAUUUAUCAAAAAAGUAACAUGAAUAAGUAUUUCGAAUUUAUAUUUUUUUCUACGGUAAUCAACAUGUAUGCCAUUUACCUCCGAAAAGUAGCAACCUCUUGUUGAGAAUAUUAGUAUUUUCGAAUUCAUUUCUCACUUGCAGAUGAAUGACCUUGUAAAAAAAAUAAUGAACUAUGUGAAUAUCGAAACUCCCGAGUUGAUCCGUCAGGAACGGUUCAAUAGAAGCCUUCAAAUAUUUAUAAAACAGUAUAUGCAUCUAUGAUCUAGAAUGAGUGAAUAUUACCAGUGGAUAAUAUUUGUGUAAGUAAUGUUAUUGAUGAGAUAGGUUCCAUUGUUCACCAGUGUUUUUAAAAUGGUUUCCAGUGUAUUUAUUUUUCGCUAUGGCUAAAUUUAUGUCCCUCUGAAAUGUUAAGAACGAAUGUUCCUUUUCGAUUCUGUGUGUGUGUGUGUGUGUGUGUUGUGUGUGUGAAUGACAAAGCUUUAGUUACUUAUUUGACGUCACUGACUAUGCAAAAUAUGUCACAUUCAAAUUAAUGCAUCCAUCAUUAAAACUGCAAAAUUUUCCUGAUGAUUUGGCGUUAUAACUUUCAUUUGACUAAGGUUGGGAAGGAUCCUGUGAACAGGUUUUGGAAAGUGCGUGCAAGCAUAUUUCCAAAGAAAUAUCAUGACGCUUGAAAACUUGAUGGAUGUUUACUACUUGACGAUCAGAAAAAAAAUAAAAAUGAAAGAGGAUGAUUCAGUAUCUAGGUGGUGAAUAUAAUAGCCUUGUCAUGUCAUGUAACUUCCAGCUAUCAAAGAAAAAUCUCAACUUUAGAAAACCCGAGAAAGAGAGAGAGAGAGAGAGAAUGUACUGAGUAAUUAGGUGCUGUAAUCCGGUAGGUAGAUUUUGUGCCAUAAAUCCAGUGGGGCGAGAGAGAGGACUAUAAACCCCCAAUAAUCUGAACCCAGUGUAAACACUUCAGAAGAGGCUGCGGUCGCAGCUGUCUGAGGAAUUUCCCUAUUGUUCGGUUUAUGACCCACACACACACACCACAUCUCACCAGUAACUCACAAUUAAGACUCAUUUGCAUUUCUACCUUCAUAAUUGUAUUUCUGCUUCAACAAACUAUUAUAAAUGUACAAUAUAGGUACUAUGUGUACAUACACUUAGGUAGCUUAUAACAUACAUUCAUACAUGCAUGCUUACACGUUUAGUGUUAUUGAAAAGCAUAUAAAACAAGAUGAAACAUCGUGAACUUACAUAGCAACUAUGUUAAUGAAGUCUUAAUAUAUAUGCAUACAUACAGAAAUACAUACAUACAUACAUAUUUUAGAAAAACAUUUGUAAAUUUACAUAACUAUUGACUGUAAUUUUAACAUUUUUUUCCACAUAUAUCGAAUUUCUCUCGAAAAAACAAACGUUUACCCUUAAGCCUAGUGUUCAGAUCUAGUCACAACUGUCAAAAACUAUUUCCCGUUUUCCGUAACCUCACGAACAUUCUCUCCAUGACAAGACUAAUCCUUCUUCACCUUUCGACAUCAUUUUCCUUUUCUUCUGCUUCCCAACUUUCUAAACCUUUGCCUCGCAUCAAUACAAACGCACCAACAUCCGGGAGACUACAUACCGACAAUUUGGAUUCCUUUCAUAGCAAGAUCGUACGAUCAGAAUGGAAGAAAGGAUGAAUAACAGGUCUGAAGGGCGAAGUGACUGGGAGUCCUCUGACUUGUUCUAUUUGUAUAUCAAGCAGGUGUGCAUUGUUACUGAAUUUUCUUUUCUAGUGUGUUCGUCAAAUGCAGCGUUCGCAUAUUUUAUUCUGGUAAUAAAGUAUGGGAUGAUUUUU